AUGAAAAUGGAAUAUGCACUCUUUUUGAUCUCAAAACAUUAUUCCGGGACAAUUGUAUAUGCAAAUACACCGGAAAGGCACACUGUUCCGCAAUCUUAUUCUGAUUGCGAAACUUUGACCGACAAGAGGGGAACAUACACUCUUGUUGCUCUUUUAGUUCCAUUUUGCAGACAUUGCCUUUGCAAAUUCCAUGGAAUGGCACGCUAUUUAGUUUGUCACUUUUUUAAAAUGAACGAAUCCAUCUAUACCAUAAAAACUCAAAUUUCUUCAUCCCAAAAAGAUGAAAAGUUAGCUCAAUUUCGCAACAUUUUCGGCGACUACACAGAGUAUCAAAUGAAAGUCUCAAUGUACAAACAUUCAAGAAUGAUUAUCCAAGUUAACGAAGAAUUAGAUGGACAGCAAGGAGUAUCCAAUGUUAUCACUCUUGGAAGCUAUUUCAAGACAAAAGAUCCAGAAAAAUCCGUUUACCUUCAACAUAUGGUUAAUAGUAAAAUUACAGGUAACAUUCACGAAUUUUUGCAGUCAAUCGGCGAAAAUUUGGAACGCCGGUGGAUUGAAAAAGGAUAUGCAUUUAAACAAGAUAAAAUGAAUAUUCGAAUUUUCUCAAUAUUCGAUGAAAAUAGCCGUGAAAAAUAUUCCGAUACAAUUGGUAUUGUUUUUGAGUCUUCGAGCAACUAUUCAGACAAUCAAGAGACUAUUUGUGCUGCUCUUGAUCGCGCAUAUACUUCUGUCUUAGAAGGAGUUCCGAGAUACAACCCAGAAGCUAGAUAA